CAUCUUACAUCAGGUACACUUCUGUCCCUCCUUACUAUUUCCUUUGGACGAAGCUCAUUUACUGACGUUCUUAAAAGAAUAUUAGAAGCCUUGAAAGAUGAGUGUAUGUGAGGGAACAAGCAAUGAAAAUGUCAACUGCGUUUUAGAACCUAAAACUCUUUUUUUUCUUCUUCUUCUAAGGACGUCACAAGAAUUUUCUUCCUAAAAUGAAGCAACUUCACUUUCAAAGUAGUGGCUUUAAGGAAAACAAAUAAUCUACUAGAAGAAAAGUGAGAAACAGAAGCUGAAUGGCACAGUUAGAGGAUUUAAAUCGCGCAACAAAAAUGUAAUCUAAAACAUUGUGGAGGAAAAGACGAGUUACUCGUGAAAGAUUGGUUAAGCUCAAGAGUUUCUUAACGAGCUACAGAGAUCCUUCAUUACUGGGACCUCAAACUGAGAUUUUGGUAGUCUUGACUCAUUAGCAAACAAAGAUGAUAGACACAAAACAAGUACAUCUCAUCUUGUCCAUAAUUCUGCAACUCCUGAGUUCUGUGGAAUCACAGGUCAAUCCAGCUGUGUGUCGCUACCCUUUGGGUAUGUCUAGUGGGCAGAUCCCAGAUGAAGAUAUUACAGCAUCUAGCCAGUGGUCAGAAUCUACAGCUGCCAAAUAUGGAAGGCUUGAUUCAGAGGAAGGAGAUGGAGCUUGGUGCCCAGAGAUGCCUGUCGAUCCCGAGGAGCUUACUGAAUUCCUCCAGAUUGACUUGCGUGUCCUACAUUUUAUCACACUAGUUGGUACGCAAGGUCGUCAUGCUGGAGGACAUGGCAAUGAAUUUGCUCAAAUGUUUAAAAUCAACUACAGUCGCGAUGGUACUCGUUGGAUAUCCUGGAGGAACCGACAUGGUAGACAGAUUCUUGAUGGAAAUGUGAACCCAUAUGAUAUUGUUCUAAAGGACCUAGAGCCACCCAUUAUAGCCAGGUUUCUGCGCUUCAUCCCUGUAACUGAUCACUCUAUGAAUGUUUGUUUGAGGGUGGAAUUGUAUGGCUGUGUCUGGCUAGAUGGUCUUGUUUCUUACAAUGCUCCAUCAGGACAACAAUUUCUUCUUCCUGAGGGCCAGAUCAUGUAUCUGAAUGACUCAAUAUAUGAUGGAGCAGUUGGUUACAGCAUGAAUGAAGGGCUUGGACAGCUAACAGAUGGUGUGUCUGGACUUGAUGACUUCACUUUGACACACGAGUAUCAUAUGUGGCCUGGAUAUGAUUAUGUAGGAUGGAGCAAUGAAAGUUUCUCCAAUGGUUAUGUGGAAAUCGUAUUUGAAUUUGACCGAAUACGAAAUUUUACCACUAUGAAGGUUCACUGCAACAAUAUGUUCUCCAAAAAUGUGAAGAUCUUCAAGGAGGUGCAAUGCUUCUUCCGCUCUGAGGCCAAUGAAUGGGAAACAAAUUCUGUUUCAUCAGUCUUGGUGUUGGAUGAUACCAAUCCCAGUGCUCGCUAUGUGACAGUACAACUUCACAACCGGAUGGCUAGAGCAAUCAAGUGUCAAUACUCGUUUGCUGACUUUUGGAUGAUGUUUAGUGAGAUCACCUUCCAGUCUGAUGCUGCUAUGUACAACAAUUCAAUGAUCCCUCCACAAUCAGCUAGUGUUCCAGCCACAUAUGAUCCAACAUUGAAGGUAGAUGACAGCAAUACCCGUAUUCUUAUUGGCUGCUUAGUCGCCAUCAUUUUCAUCCUUGUGGCAAUUAUUGUUAUUAUUCUUUGGCGACAAUUUUGGCAGAAGAUGCUUGAAAAGGCGUCCCGACGGAUGUUGGAUGAAGAGCUGACAGUAAGUUUGUCACUUCCAAGUGAUUCCAGUAUGUACAAUGCCAAUCGCAUGACUCUGCAUGACUCUGUAUCAGCAAGUGAGCAAGAGUCCAGUUCCACUUACGAAAGGAUAUUCCCGCUGGGACCAGAUUAUCAAGAGCCAACACGACUCAUACGAAAGUUACCUGAAUUCACAGUACAAGCUUUGGGAGAGGAAGAAGCAGCAAGUACUUCUGCUGGAAAAGGUGCCCUGCCUUGUAGUGGAGAUGGAGUUCCCCACUAUGCUGAGGCGGAUAUAGUGAAUUUGCAGGGAGUGACUGGUGGCAACACAUACUCAGUCCCACCCAUUACAAUGGACCUUUUAUCUGGCAAAGAGGUGGCAGUCGAAGAGUUUCCAAGGACCCACCUAACUUUCAAAGAAAAGCUUGGGGAAGGUCAGUUUGGAGAGGUGCAUCUCUGUGAAGCUGAAGGUGUGGAAGAAUUCCUGGAUAAAGAUCUGAUUUUGGACACAAACAUUGGUCAGCCCACUUUGGUUGCUGUGAAAAUGCUGAGAUCAGAUGCCAAUAAAAAUGCCAGAAAUGACUUUCUAAAAGAGAUUAAGAUAAUGUCCAGAUUAAAGGAUCCCAAUAUCAUCCGACUGUUGGCAGUAUGUAUUGCUGAUGACCCCCUGUGCAUGAUAACUGAAUACAUGGAAAAUGGAGACCUUAAUCAGUUUCUUUCACGACACCAACCAGAAGAGGCACAGGCUGCUGUCACACCUGUCAUCAGCUAUAAUGAUCUCAGGCAUAUGGCAGCACAGAUUGCUUCUGGAAUGAGAUACCUCUCCUCCCUCAACUUUGUGCACAGAGAUCUUGCUACACGGAACUGUUUAGUGGGAAGAAAUUAUACCAUCAAAAUAGCUGACUUUGGCAUGAGUCGGAACCUAUAUAGUGGUGAUUAUUAUCGGAUUCAGGGGAGGGCGGUUCUUCCCAUUCGUUGGAUGUCUUGGGAAAGCAUUUUGCUGGGCAAAUUCACAACAGCCAGUGAUGUAUGGGCAUUUGCAGUCACCUUAUGGGAGACGUUCACUUUCUGCCGAGAACAACCCUACAGUGAGAUGUCAGAUGAGCAAGUGAUCGAAAAUACGGGGGAGUUUUUUCGAGAUCAAGGAAAACAGGUGUACCUACCUAAACCAGACAUCUGCCCAAACAUGGUAUACAAACUGAUGCUGAGUUGCUGGAGAAGAGAAACCAAAGAUCGUCCUUCAUUUCAAGAAAUUUAUCAACGUUUGCAGCCAGAGACUAAUUUGGAGGCAUAAGCCUUAGCCUUAGUCAAGAUAUCAAAAAAUAUGGAUUGCAGAAAAUAUGAGACAGUCUGUGUACUGUCUAUGAAUGACAUAUAUACUUUCCGUGACAUGGAUAAUUUUAGUUAUCUGACAUCAUUAUUAAUUCUAGGUAGCAGCCACCAAUGCAUAAUACCUCGUCUUAGCCACAUUUACCUGAUGGUGUACUAAAUACUCCCCCUUAAUUAAAUGUACAACUCUCUCUCUCAAAAUAA